AUGGAUGAGAGGCCAAAUAAAGAGGCCGGAAAGCUCCGUUCCAACUUUGCGUGUGGAUACGACAGAGCUGAGGCGCCACCUAAGCUGGAAGAGAUUCUGUCCAGAGUGUCAGUCAGUGACGUCAUCGCCUUUGGAGCCACUUGCAGCACCUACCACCAGCUGAGCCUAAGCUCCUCCCUCUGGAGACGGCUCUGCCAUCGCCAGGCAACGUGGACGCAGCAGCCUUCCGCUGCCCCGCCCAACGACUGGCGAAGGACAGCCAUCUUGAAAUACUCCCAGGGCCUCCAGAUGCAGCGUUUGGGCAGUGGGUGGUCCCGGACUCCCCAGUGGUGCAGGUCCGGGGGUCCCUCUGUGUCCCUGGCUGUUGUUCCUCCCCUGGCACUGGGCUACAGAAGGUCCCUGCCAACCCGCGACCACCUCCUGCUGUUUGACUACCGGGGCACCGUCUUCCUGCUGCGCAACGCCGCCACAUCAUCGCUCCGCGGUCACAUGACUUGGAGGAGGGCCUCACGCCACACUGUGCUGUGUCAGAAUGCCAAAGAUUUUGCCGUGGAUCCCCGUAGCGACAACUCCUUCCGUCAGUACAUAUACGUCCUGGUGAGCCGUGCUAACAGUGGUGCAGAGGCCGUACCCCCCAGCUGGCCAAGCACCCCCGGCUCGGCCCCCCCUCUCACCCCUCCGCGGUGUGACUGUGUGGAAGUGUACCAGCAGGACACCAGCCAGAGGGUGUUCCGGAUGACCUUUCACCCCUCCCUGACCUUCAUACAGCUCCGCCUCACCGGCUCCGAGGUCAACAGGGUCCUGCUGCUGCUCACUGAUUCUGGGAAGGUCUAUUCUCUGUCUGUGAAUGAGACCCUGUUGAACACGCCCCGUUCCUACACCGUGCAGCUGGCUCUGAAGAAGAUCAGCAUCUCUCUGCCUCACCUGGCCAUCGCUCAGGUCCAUUCCAGCUACAGCAGCAUCCUCUACCUCACAGGUGAGGGUUCAGUCUAUUUGGAGGUGCACUCCGUUGGUGUGUAUCGUCAGUUCAUUGGGACCCAGCAGGGUUACGAUCCACAUGACAUCCACACCCCUCUGCCGCUCUCCCUGCCCUACAAGGUGGUGAAGUGCUCUCUGGGACUGAGCCACUUGUGCCUGCUGGACGAUUGUGGCCGAGUCUUCAUGCAGGGCAGCAACCGUUACGGACAGCUUGGCACAGGAGAUAAGAUCGACCGCGGCGAACCCACUGAGGUGGUACUGUCCAUGACUCCAGUGGAGGUGUGGUGUGGACUGAACCACUCGCUCGCCCUGCUGCAAGGGGAGUCUGGAGUGAAGGAAGUACAGGGCUGUGGCUGUGGAGGAGGCCGCCGACUGCCCGGCUGCUCCAAGGGAAGCGCUGUGUUCAUCAAACUGAACAUCAAGCCUCCCGUCCUCCCAGCCUCCUGUCCUCCCGGCCUCCUGUCCUACCAGCCUCCCAGCCUCCCGUCCUCCCAUCCUCCCGUCCUCCCAUCCUCCCAGCCUCCCGUCCUCCCAGCCUCCUGUCCUCCCGUCCUCCCGUCCUCCCAGCCUCCUGUGCCCCGUGCUGCCCGCUCUCUCUGUGCCUCCAAGGACUGCCUCUUCCUGCUCUGUUGCCAUGACAUCGCCGAGCCCCCGCUGUUCCGCUGCCCCCCUCCUGUAAAGGAGGAGGAUGAGGAGGAAAGUGAGGUGGCGAGAGAUGAGAGGGAGAGGCUGAUCUGGCAACUAGCCCAGCUGAGGGAGUGUGAGAGUCUGAGGCGAAAGGUGGACAUCCUCCGCUGGGCUGUGCAGCGACACAUGACCAUUAACCCCGCCCACAGGGAGUUCCUGGUCCAAGCGCUGAUCGCCAUCCGGUCCGUGUCUGACGAGCCCAGCAGCCAGUCGUAA